UCUCGCCUGAGAGAGUUGGAGGACGCCUUAGACAGUGAAAGAGAGGGCCGCCUCAGGGCAGAAAAGCUUGUUGCAGAGCUGCAGUUCAGGUACGAACAAACACAAGACAGUCUUGAUGAGCAGGGAAGUGUCGCGUCACAACAGGCUGAAUUAAGAAAGCAGCGAGAGAACGAGGUUAGCAAGCUGAGGAAAGACCUCGAACUCCUCAGCGCUCAAUUCGAGCAAACAGAGAGUAGUCUGAGGAAACGACAUCAGGAUGCUGUCAACGAGCUCACUGACCAGAUUGAGCACCUGCAGAAGCAAAAGAUUAGAGUCGAGAAGGAGAAACAGACCCUGGUCAUCGAGCUCGAUGGGCUUUCCGGUCAACUGGAAUCAGUCAGCAAGGCAAAGGCAUCCAUUGAAAGUAAACUGGAUGCUGCAGAACAAGCAAAUAUUCGUCUCAAAGGACAAGUCGAUGACCUGGCUCGCCAGCUCAAUGACCUUACCUCCAUCAAGGCUAGACUUACACAAGAAAAUUUCGAUCUUCAACAUCAGGUUCAGGAACUAGAUUCCAGCAAUGCUGCUCUAUCCAAAGCCAAAUCUCAGCUGCAGAGUCAGAACGAUGACCUCAGGAGAAACUUGGAUGAUGAGUCUAGGCAAAGGCAGAAUCUCCAGGUUCAGCUGGCCGGUCUUCAAAGCGACUAUGACAGUCUCAACUCCAGAUAUGAGGAAGAAGUGGAAAGCUCCAACAGUCUCAGGGCUCAACUCAGCAGAGUCAAUACUGAGUACAGCACCCUGAAGGCACGAUUUGAUAAAGAAAUCCAACUGAGAACUGAAGAGCUGGAGGAAACCAGGCGAAAACUGUCUGCUCGUAUUACUGAACUCGAGGACGUUGCCGAACAGCUGCGAGUCAAGAAUAGUGGCCUGGAGAAAGCCAAGGCCAAGCUGACAGUGGAAAUUAGGGAGAUUACAAUCGAGCUAGAGAACACGCAGAUCAUAGUACAGGACUUGACCAAACGCAACAGGCAGCUGGAGAACGAGAACGCAGCCCUUCAGAAACGCGUUGAUGAGCUUGGUGCUGAAAACAAUGGUCUUAGGGCAGAAAAGGCCAACCUGGAGCAAGAGGUCUAUAGGCUGCGGGUGGCCAACGCCGAACUUACCGAGCGCAAUGAUAACUUGCAGAGAGAGAACAAACAACUUUCUGACCAGCUUCGUGAAGCUAAUCAAGCUUUGAAGGAGGCCAAUCGUGAGCUUGCCGACUUGAGAGCCCUACGUGCCCAACUGGAGGCUGAGAGGGAUUCUCUGGCCGCAGCACUGAAGGACACAGAGGACGCUCUACGUGACGCCGAGAACAAGCUAGCCAACGCCAAUGCUGCUCUGGAGAAACUCCGUCAAGACAUGGAAGCCAGGCUCCGUGAGAAGGACGAAGAGUUGGAGAAUAUCAGACGUAGCAGUGCCCGAGUCAUUGAGGAACUACAACGCACCUUGGUGGAAGUGGAAAGCCGCUACAAGUCUGAGAUUAGCCGCAUCAAGAAGAAGUUGGAGUCAGACAUCCGUGAACUGGAGGGUGCCCUGGACAACGCCAAUCGGGCCAAUGCCGAGUAUCUCAAACAAAUCAAGAGUCUGCAAAUCCGGGUCAAGGAGCUGGAAGGUCUGCUGGACGAGGAGCGCCGUAACGCUGACGAUCUGAGAAGCCAGUUGUCCCUCAGUGAGAGGAAGAGGAUCGCGAUUGCCCAAGAGUUAGAGGAUGCCAGGUCACUCCUGGAAGCAGCGGAACGUUCUCGCAAAAAUGCCGAGACUGAACUACAGGAGGUCAACAUCAGAAUCAGCGAGCUGACCAUCUAUGUGACGUCACUGACUAACGAUAAAAAACGACUGGAGGGAGAUGUUGCUGCACUACAGAGUGAUCUGGACGAUGCUUUGAACAACCAGAGAGCAGCAGAGGAACGCGCGGAGCGACUGGCUUCUGAGAAUGCCCGUCUUGCUGACGAACUUCGUCAAGAACAGGACAAUUACAAGAAUGCAGAGAGCCUUCGCAAACAGCUUGAGAUCGAGAUCCGUGAAAUCACUGUCCGUCUGGAGGAGGCUGAGGCCUUUGCUCAGAGAGAGGGCAAGAGACUGGUGGCUAAACUCCAGAACAGAGUUCGUGACCUGGAAGCUGAACUGGAAGCUGAGAACAGACGUGUCCGGGAGGCAGUAGCCAAUCAGCGCAAGGCCGAACGUUUCUACAAGGAGCUGCAGACCCAGACAGAGGAAGAGAGGAAGCAACUGGUUGAACUGCAGAGCUUGAACGAACAGCUGAGCAUUCGUCUGAAAACUUACAAACGACAGAUUGAAGAGGCUGAGGACGUUGCUAACCUAACACUCAACAAGUACCGCAAAGCCCAGACCCUCAUUGAGGAGGCAGAGAGCAGAGCGGACAGCGCCGAGAAGAACCUCCAGAGCGUCCGUCGUUCCCGCUCCAUGUCUGUGACACGGGAGAUAACCCGAGUUGUCAAAAUCUAG